AAAACACACACUCACCCAACGAACGAGAGCUCGUCAAAGCCCAACUCUACACGCGAUCCAACGCGCCCACGAGACCGAAACUAUUCAGAACGAUGCCACGAUCCUGAAUUACCAACUUACAAAACGACAACGCGUGAUGGAGGACCCAGCGCCCAAGCGGCGCAGAACAUCGCCGCGCAGCUCGGUUCCAGUUCCAUCCGAUGAAGCUCCCACAACACAGCAACCAAACCAGACCACUCCAGAGGACACGCCUGCCCCAGAGUCUUCCAGUAAUACAUCCGCAAAGCGUCCAUCUUAUGCAUCCCCAACAAAAGCGAGCCUUCAGAGGCACAAUCCCGAAGUAUUACAACGACGAGAGAGUCUAAGCCUAGCUCUCAGAUCCCAAUCCGAGUCGCGCGACGACAACCCGCUACGAUCUCCCGCCAGACGCCUCGGAAUUGCCAGAAGCCCAGAAAGACCGAACCCGCGACCCCUUCCGCCGCCCGCACCCGAAGAUGAGGAGGUAAUCCUGAACCCUUUCCGUGGCCGAGGAUUACACCGAUCACCCGUCCCCGGGGUUCUGCCCAAAGUAAUCGUCCCCGAACCCGACCUUCCGCCAACCCCAGAACAUCCCGAUCCAGUUGUCAGCACCCCGCCUUCCGGUAUUCACAAUACCCCGUCUAAGAGACCGAGGCGCAGCAAAGCACUGGCCGAGACACUUAGGAGCUCCUCGCCUACUAAGCGUGCGCCCAUCAUGUCGGUCAAGGCGGCGCAACUUGUUCCAGGAAAGCCGUCCGAAAAAUCAGCCCCGACCUCCACGAGCGAGAUCCCUACGGAGUCUCAGGAGCCCACCACGGCUGAAUUACGCGGCCUACAACCACCGGAUCCGGAUGCAGACAAGAAGCGCUUGCGCGACUCUCUUCUCGCUGAGAUCGCCGAGCUGGAGCGCGACCUAGCCGUCGCAAGCAAGGAAAACGAGCGCCUACGACAAGCACACAUAUCCAAGCAGAAACCAUCAGCACCACCGAACGCGAUCGAAAUCCUCGACCUCCUACGCCGACGAGUCCUUCCACCCAAGGAACAAAAAGACCCCGACCCGUCCGCCGCGGCAACAUCAUGGCUCUCCUCAGCUCUCCACCCCAUCGCCUUCCUUCCCUUCAGCAAACCUCCCUCGACGGGUGACGAACUCCCCUCACUUUUUUCUACCACCACCGACGACCUCGACAAAACCUCCUCCUCGGAGAAACCGCCAAUAUCCCACCACCCCCUCCCCAUGACGGCAGACGAAGCGCUCCCCUACCUCCAAGUCUUCACGCCACUAACUUUUACGUCGGCUAUCUUCCCGCUUCCCCCGUCUGAAUCGGAAUCAUCAACAACCUCACCAGCAGCGGAUGAACGACCCCUCCUCCAAAGGCACCACAUAACAGCCACCACCCCCUCCAAAUCCUUCACCGCCCGCCUCGAGCUAACCGUCAACACCUCAAGCACCUUCUCCAUCACCAACCUCUCCGUGCCGCUUAUCCACCCGCCCACCGCAGCCGCCGAGCUCGCGCCGUUUAUCGAGCGCAUCGUCAGCAGCCAACCAACAAAAGAAGAAGAAUUAGGAUUAUUAAACUCGGCGCUGCACAACAACGUCAGCGUGCUCUGUUGGGCCAUGGGCGAGUGGUUGCGCGUCGCCAAAGAGAGAGCGAGGGUGUGGUGCGUUUUGGAAGCGGAGUUGAACUCGGGGAAGGAAGCGGUGAGGAGGAUGGUGAGUGGGUGGAGGGAGAGGGGGAGUAAGAUGAUGAGACAAAAGAGGAGGAGGAGGGGGAUGGGGAACAAGAAACGGAAGGCACCGACGCGUCGAGAUAAGGGCGGUGAGGAUGGAGAGGAGGGGGGCAGUGAUGAGGAUGAUGAACAUGACGAGGACGGGGAGGGAGAAGAAGAAGAAGAAGAAGAACAAGAUGGGAAGAAGAUAUCCGACCCGGAGCUGGUGCCGUAUAUGAGCAGGACGAGUAUGGAUUAUGAUAUACCCUUACUGCUAGGCAGCGGACCAGGUGGAGCGGGUGGCGUUGGUGGCCCGGGGAGUGAGGAGAAGUCUUCGCUGAGGGUGCAGUGGAAGAUUGAAUUCGACUGGACGGGCGAGGCAAGGAGCGAUAUCAGGGUUUUUGUGGCGUUGCCGGGGAAGUGGCAUAAAUGCGACGAGCGCGGACAGCUGGCCAAGAUCCCGGCGUUGUUUGACGAACUCAUUCAGGGCGGCGAAGAGCCGUUGAGUGCGGUUAGGACUGUUGCGGCUUUGUUGGCUGGUGAGCCGCAACCGCAAAGGUGAUGGGGAUGAUAGAUACCCUUGUAUGGUGUUGAGGGCUUGCUUGUUUGAGUACCACCAGUAUGAGUACUUGUUUUGUAUACCUGCCGCACUGAAAAGGGGUGUUGAUAGAGCACCUAUGGUAUUGCUAGAUGGGA